AUGAAAAGGCUAUUUAAAUUCAGAAUUGGGAAGUCUGACAAAGGCAGAGUUAUUGCAACAUGCGUGGACAAGAACUGUGGUUGGCGAGUAUAUGCAACCAACCACCCGAAUUCUCAGAAUGUGGAAAUCAAAACUGUAACUUUGAAACACACCUGUGAUGUUUCGUCCAAGUCUAAAUAUGGGGUUAAGGCGACAACCAAGAUUUUUUCUGAACUCUUGCAAGCAAAAUUUGCAAACGGGAAGAGAGGUACACGAGCUUGUGAGCUACCUGAGAUGGUGCUGUCAGAGCUGAACGUAACAAUUUCCUAUAUAAAAGCAUGGAACACAAAGGAAUUGACCAUGAAUGCUGCCCGUGGGAAUGAAGAGGAAGGUUAUCAUUUUUUGGCAACAUACCUGCAUUUGGUUGAGUCGACGAAUCCUCGGACGAUCUACGAUAUUCAGACAUGCGUGGAUAAAAAAGGGAAUACCAAGUUUAAAUACUUAUUUUUUGUGUUUAGUGCCUCCAUCAGUGGAUUUAAGUAUUUGAGAAAAGUUAUUGUAAUCGAUGGGACAACCAUGAAAGGUAAAUACAAAGGAUGUCUAGUGGCGGCCAGUGGCCAAGAUGGGAAUAUGCAUAUCUUCCCACUCGCUUUUGGAGUAGUCGAAGUCUAG